ACCAACCUCCUCCCAUACAGCCCAAAAAUCGAACACCACUCCCUUCUGUUCCUGUUUGUGUUUGCUAGUAACCUUUGUUUCUCUUUCCAUUCCCAAAUCAGCCAUGAGAACUGACAUAGAUAGCGUUUGGGUCAUUGCUUUAGUCUCUAAAUGCAGAGCCUUUACACAAGAAAACAUUGCAUGGUCAGUUUUGAUCAUGGGUCUUGCUUGGCUAGCCAUUGCCUUUCUUUACUGGGUUCAUCCUGGUGGUCCAGCUUGGGGAAAGUACAAGCUCAAGAAGGGUUAUUGUGCUUCUACUAGAGCUAAACCAAUCCCAGGUCCCCGAGGAUUGCCUUUAUUUGGGAGCAUGAGCCUCAUGGCUUCCCUUGCUCACCACCGGAUUGCAGCCGCUGCUGAGAAAUGUAAAGCCAAGAGGCUUAUGGCUUUUAGCCUCGGCGAGACUCGUGUUAUAGUGACAUGCAAUCCUGAUGUCGCUAAAGAAAUACUCAACCGUAGCGUGUUUGCUGAUCGUCCAGUUAAAGAGUCUGCUUAUAGACUAAUGUUCAACAGAGCAAUUGGUUUUGCUCCUUAUGGCGUGUACUGGCGAACGCUGAGAAGAAUAGCUGCUAAUCAUCUAUUCUGCCCUAAGCAAAUCAAAGCUGCCGGGGUUCAAAGACUAAUAAUCGCUUCUGAGAUGGUGGCCAUAUUCAAGGAACAUCAUCACAGUAUUACUGUUCGCGGAGUACUUAAACGUGCUUCCUUGAACAACAUGAUGUGUUCUGUCUUUGGACGCGAAUAUAGACUAGACUCUCUAAAUAAUGAAGUGGAACAACUCAGAGCACUAGUUGAUGAAGGUUAUGAUUUAUUAGGCACCCUUAAUUGGACCGACCACCUUCCUUGGUUAUCUGAUUUUGAUCCUCAAAAAAUCCGCUGCAGAUGCUCAAACCUCCUGCCUAAAGUGAACCGUUUUGUUAGCCGAAUCAUCGCAGAGCACCGACUUCCAAUCGGCGCCGUCGAAACCCGAGAUUUCGUUGAUGUUUUGCUGUCCCUUCAAGGCCCUGAUAAGCUAACAGACGCCGAUAUGAUCGCAGUGCUUUGGGAAAUGAUAUUUCGGGGGACGGACACUGUGGCAGUUUUGAUAGAGUGGAUACUGGCAAGGAUGGCUCUUCAUCCUGAUGUUCAAUCAAGGGUCCAAGAUGAGCUUAAUAAGGUUGUAGGCAAAUCGAGGGACGUUGAUGAGUCUGAUAUAAGUUCCCUGGUGUAUCUACAGGCGGUAGUGAAGGAAGUGUUGAGGUUACACCCACCAGGCCCACUUCUUUCAUGGGCCAGGUUAGCCAUGACUGAUACAACUAUUGAUGGGUAUCACGUGCCUGCGGGGACCACAGCAAUGGUAAAUAUGUGGGCCAUAGCAAGAGAUCCAGAUUUGUGGGCUGACCCACUUGAAUUUAUUCCUGAAAGAUUUGUAGCAAAAGAUGGAGAUAUGGAGUUUUCUGUUCUCGGGUCGGAUCUUAGACUCGCACCGUUUGGUUCAGGUAGGCGGACUUGCCCGGGAAAAAAUUUAGGCUUAACCACGGUAACCUUUUGGGUUGCAACACUGUUACAUGAGUUUGAAUGGGUACCAUGUGAUGAUAUCACGGUUGACUUGUCGGAGAUUUUGGGACUGUCCUGUGAGAUGGCUAACCCCUUGACGGUUAAACUGCAGCCCAGGCGGCCUUAAAAUCCUUUUCAGUGCCAGUAAAGUACUUAUUUGUGGAAGGGUUAAUUUCACAAAAUCUUAAAACUUGAUCCACCAUAUGAUCCUGUUGUCUUUGGUGUAUCUAUUGGGUGUCAGUUCUUUUUCUUUAUUUAUUUUAAAUUUGACAGUGUUGGGUAUUAUUAAUGUGUCUCUCUUAUAAUAUAUGACAUGGUUCCAACUCAUCAUCAUGUAAAUAUGGGUGAAAAGUAAUACAAGUUUUCAAUCUCUCACUUGGCUUUAA